AUGGUUUCGAAACACGAGGCUUCGGAACUCAGCGGUCAGAUCGCCACGAGAAGCAUGGAAGCGAUGAACAGCCAGCUCGGAGAUCAAAAGCCCGCGAUCGAUUCCCAGAGCAAAGCAGCUCUGAAACCCCGCUUCGUCCUGACACUGCCCUCCUGCAUCGAGACGAUCAGCCAUGCAGAAUGCUCGCCAGCCCGUACAGCCCGUCCAGCCGCCUUGCUGCUGUACGAACGACUCGAUUGCCGCUGCUGCUUCACUGCUCUCGACUGA